UUCUUCAUCUCUCGUUUCUCGGUUGUUCGUCAUGGCGAAUGCCGUUGUUGAUGGUGCUCCUGAAUUUUCAACUAUUUCGGGCGGUUUUUCCGACUCUAUCACCCAUUAUCUGUUGAUAUUAAUCGGGGAGCCAGUGGCGCAGAAUUAUGUCCAGCCGAUACUUGAUGCGGUAUCGAACGGAUUGAAAGCCUGGGAUGUUGAUGCAGAGGAAUGCAAACUAGAUGAAGAGCUGAAGACACUUGGUCAAGCUGAUGUGACUGCUGGGAGUUCUGGUCAGAAAAGCUUUUUCCAUUGUGGAGAUAAAUUUGGUGCUGUAGUUCUGAUCAAUCCCACUGUAUCUGCUGUGAAAACUGAAAUCGGCAGCCUACUUAGUCACUCAGCACAAUACAAACAUUUACUAUUUGGUGGGCAUAGUCUGGAAGGUGGCGGCGAUUGGGUCUACCAAGAUGACAGCUUUUCCUUACAUGAUUGUGGGGAUAUAUUCAAAUCUCUACCAACUGGUGCGAAGACGAAACUAUCUUUGAGUGGAUGUCAUUGGAGCAUUGUUAGCAUGGAUAAAUUAGGUUUUCUUAAGAAGUAUGAUCUGUCUGUAAAUCCACAGGAUGUUAAGAAUAACUUAGAAGGAGUUGAUGAUCUUGUUAAUGUCCUUGCUGACCUUGUAGUGGUAGAGUCUCCCUUUGAUCUUCUGGAACCGCCAACUAUUGGUGUGGGUGUGAAAUGUAAAAUUACCAAGCCCACCGUGUUGUUGUUUCCAGCAGGUAAAGGUGAUUGUGCUUUUUUUGCUGUAAAUGAUUUCAGCAUGUUUGUAGGAGGGGGAUACACUCACAAGUCAUGUUUCUGGAAAUUUGCUAAGCAUCUGCACAGAGUUGAUGCUAUAUUACUCUCGAGCUUGCACCCUGAAUCACUACUUGGAAUAAAUAGUUUGCUCCGGCGUAAAUUAGCGGAAAGGGCACUAGAGGAACCAGAAAAGGGUUCAGAAGAGUAUGAGGAUUGGCAACAGAAGGUCAACUCUCCCGAAGUUGGAGUAGUGUAUUUGAAUGCUCCUGAAAGUACAAAAUGUAGUGACAGUCUAAUUAUGAAGCUGUCUUCUUUAGGCUCUCAGACGAUGAAGCUAUUUAAAGAAUUGGAUAUCACUCCAAAUCAGUGUUACCAGGCCAAUCCUCGUGCAAUGGACCCCAUAACAUUAUACCAAAAAGUUGGUAUUGGUAAACUUGAUAUGUAUGUACUCAGUCCUUUCAAAGACAGUAAAGAAUUGAAAGAUUAUAUGUCUCAAUUUCAGAGUGGGAAGAAAUUUUCCACUGGGAAAACAGGAGUUAAAUCAAAUGGCAAAGAAUUUGAGCUAGCUUUACCUAAUAUUGCGUCUGUCUGUGCCCUAAUUGUAUGGCAACCGUAUAAUCCAACUGAACCAACUGUUCGAGUAUUGUUUCCUGGAAAUGCCCCACAGUCUAAGCUCUUUGAUGGGCUUGAUAAAUGUAAAAACUUAGCAUUUCUUCAAAAAUUCGAAACUGCACAAAAGCCCAAAGUUAAAAAAAUGCCUAAAGCCAACACUAAUGGACCAACUGAUCCCAAGUUGCAUAAAUUGAAAAAAGAAACUGAUUCAUCUCAGAUAAAUUCGGCAGCUUCAAGUGAGCAGGCAGCCUGCACUGAUGGUGUUCACUGUAACACCCCACCACCAGAGCUGGCUGAUGGGCCAUGUACAGAUGGAAUUCACUGCAACACCCCUCCACCUGAGCUGGCUGAUGGACCAUGUACAGAUGGAAUUCACUGCAACACCCCUCCACCUGAGCUAGCUGAUGGACCAUGUACAGAUGGAAUUCACUGCAACACUCCUCCACCUGAGCUGGCUGAUGGACCAUGUACAGAUGGAAUUCACUGCAACACUCCUCCACCUGAGCUGGCUGAUGGACCAUGUACAGAUGGAAUUCACUGCAACACUCCUCCACCUGAGCUGGCUGAUGGACCAUGUACAGAUGGAAUUCACUGCAACACUCCUCCACCUGAGCUGGCAGAUGGACCAUGUACAGAUGGAAUUCACUGCAACACUCCUCCACCUGAGCUAUUUGACAGCUCCUGUACAGAUGGAAUUCAUUGCAACACCCCUCCACCUGAGCUGGCAGAUGGACCAUGUACAGAUGGAAUUCACUGUAACACCCCUCCACCUGAGCUAUUUGAUGGCCCCUGUACAGAUGGAAUUCAUUGCAACACCCCUCCACCUGAGCUGUGUGACAGACCCUGUACAGAUGGAAUUCACUGUAACACCCCUCCACCUGAGCUAUUUGACGGCCCCUGUACAGAUGGAAUUCACUGCAACACCCCUCCACCUGAGCUAUUUGACGGCCCCUGUACAGAUGGAAUUCACUGUAACACCCCUCCACCUGAGCUGUUUGACGGUCCCUGUACAGAUGGAAUUCACUGCAACACCCCACCACAAGAAGAAUCUGAUGAUGAAUGUGGCGAUGGCAUUCAUUGUGACACCCCUCCCCCAGAAGGCGAGUUUGGAGAGGGUGAAGCUGUAGGAAAUGAAGAUGAUCCUCCACCAGCAGACAUUUCACAUGAGUAUCAGUUCAAAGAUUCUUUCCCCUCUGGUGAUAUAUCCUUGGUUGAUAAAGGAGGUGCUUCCCCGGUAGCUGAAUUUGAUCCUUUUGGCCCCCCAAGUGAUGAACAAUGUAGCACUAAAGAAGAGAUGCUUCAGCCUGAUCAUGUGGAACAACAACAUGCUGUUCUGCCAGAAACUGACACUCAUCCAGACGGUUACCAUGGUGUUGUUACACCCUCCGAUGAUGUAGAUUUUCUUGACAAAGAACUUUCUAGUCCUUCAGCAGGAACUUUCCCAUCUGAAAAUCUGUGUAUGUAUGAUGAACAAGCAGAGGAAGCUCCUGAAGCAACUGAAAAUGAUUACGCCUCAGAUGAAGCUCAGAUGGAACAAGAAGUUACUGAAGAAAUGGCAGAGGUUGGUGUGGAUUGUUUAAAACAUGAAUCUAGUUUUGAAGAGACGCAAGUGCCAGGGGAUGUUGAUUUAACUGAGAUUUUAGGUGAACCAACCUUUGAUGAUCUUGAAGAGAUACCACAUGGCACCACAAGUAAUGGCCAACAUACACUAGAUAUGUCAGAAGAAAUCUCUAGUAAAAUUGUCACUGUAACUGAAACAUCAGUAUCUGAAGUUGUAACCACUGAAUCAGUUGCUGCAAAAGUGGUAUUCGAGGAAUCAACAUCAGAAGAAAUUCAUGUAGAAGAAUCAUUUGAUGACCCCCCACUAUCAAAAGAGAGUCCAACUGCAGUUACAUUUGAUGAUGAACCCUUUCUGGCAGAAGAAACUCAAUCUAAAAUUGUUAUUGGUGAUGAACCCAUUGCUCCAGAAGUAGUUUCUGUAGAAUCAUCUUCUCAUGAUGCCCCUUCAACAGAAGAUAUCCCCCUACAAGAAACCUCUGAUGAAUCCAAUCCAUUUGCAGAUGUCUCGGCUGGAGCUACUUUUGAUGAACCCCAACCAUCAGAGGAAGUACCUGUUGAAGCUUCUUUUGAUAAACCAUCUCAAGCAGAAUAUGUUUCUGAAGAAACUACUUUCAGCGAACCCCUUCCAUCAGCAGAAGAAACUGCUUUUGACGAACCAUCUCCAAUAGAAGAAGUUCCUACAGAAGCUACUUUUGAAGAAUCACCAACAUCAGAAGAUAUACCAGCUGAAGCAACAUUUGAAGAGUCACUACCAUCAGAAGAAAUCUCUGCAGAAGCUACUUUUGAUGAACCACCACCAUCAGAGGUUCCUGCAGAAGCUACUUUUGAUGAACCACUACCAUCAUCAGCAGAUUUCCCAUCUGAAACUACUUUCGAAGAGCCUUCUCCAUCUGAAGCAAUCCCAAAAGAAGCUACAUUUGAUGAACAACCACCAUCAGAAGAUAUACUUGCAGAAGCUACUUUUGAUGAACCACCGCCACCAUCAGAAUUUGAUGAACAACCACCAUCAGAAGAAAUUCCUGUAGAAGCUACUUUUGAUGAACAACCACCAUCAGAAGAAAUUCCUGUAGAAGCUACUUUUGAUGAACAACCACCAUCAGAAGAAAUUCCUGCAGAAGCUACUUUUGAUGAACAACCACCAUCAGAAGAAAUUCCUGCAGAAGCUACUUUUGAUGAACAACAACAACCACCAUCAGAAGAAAUUCCUGCAGAAGCUACUUUCGAUGAACAACCACCAUCAGAAGAAAUCUCUGCAGAAGCUACUUUUGAUCAAUCACCAUCAUCAGAAGAAAUUCCUGCAGAAGCUACUUUCGAUGAACAACCACCAUCAGAAAUCUCUGCAGAAGCUACUUUUGAUGAACCACCACCAUCAGAAGAAAUUCCCGCGGAAGCUACUUUUGAUGAACCACCAUCAGAAGAAAUUCCUGCAGAGGCCUAUCCAUCAGAAGAUACUCCAGCUGAAGCUACAUUCGAUGAACCAAUGCCACCAUCAGAGGAAAUCGCUGCAGAAGCUACUUUCAAUGAACCUCCAACAGAAAAAAUCCCUGCAGAAGCUACUUUUGCAGAAGCACCUCCAUCAAAUGAAAUCCCUGCAGAACCUACUUUUGAAGAACCUUCUCCAUCAGAAGAAAUUCCACCAAAAGUAACAUGCGACGCUGAGCCAACACCAGAAGCAUCAAUUGAAGAACCCUCAUCACAAUAUGAAAUUCCACCAGUAAAAUUUGAUGAAGCACCCGCUCCAUCUGUAGGACUCACUCCAGAAGUAACAGAAGAGUCCUUUCCACCAGAGUCAUCAGAUGAACUAUCAAAUGAUACAUCAGAAGCAUCACAAGCAAGUGUUAAAGCAGGGGAGACACCAAUGUCUAAUUCAGAAAUGGACGAAACAGCUUUUCAUCCUUUGCCUGAGCAGCUUAAAGCAAUGGCAGAGGAAAUGAACUUAAACAUCAAGGAGUCAUCUACUGUAGAAGAACAGGAAUCGUCUGUAGGUGUACCUUCCCAAAAAGAAUUGCCUACUCCACCAUCUGAAGAUAGGUUGGUUUCUGAUGAAUCUGUCACUGUUCCAGCAGAAACUGCUCCUAUAGUUGCUAGUCCAUCAGAACCUGUUGUUGCUGCUCCUCCAGUAGCCACUGAAAAGAAAAAAACAGCUGCCAAGAAUGCCAAAACCUCAAAGGGUGUGUCAAAGAAAACAACAACAACUACAGUGAAGAAGACAUCAGAGAGGCGGUCUCCUUCCCCAAGAAAGACGGCGACAAAGUCUGAUGAAAGAGUAAACAGUGAUCUUUCAAAGAAAAAAGGGCCUGCAAAAUCCAAUGUUCUGAAAGAUAAGAAAAGUGACCAAGGGAAGACUCCAAAGAAGGAGGUUGCAACAGCUAAAGAAAAAAGAACCACAUCAGUUACAACUACUGUUAAGUCAGAGAGGAAACCUAGAAAUGGAUCACCAAAGCAACCAUUGAAUGGGUCAUCUAAAAAGUCCUCAACAGAAAAAAAAUUAGAUACAACAAAGAGUAGAAAAGCUCCAGAGAAAAGGCCAAUUUCAAGUCCACGAGAGCCACCAAAGAAGACCAGUGAUUCUUCCAAAAGACCAGCUUCAGCUCCAGGUGCCAGGAAAGCAGAUCCAACCAAAAAGAAACCAUUAGAAAAUAAACGACCAACAUCUGGUACCAGAGGUGCCAAAUCUGAUGGCAAGACAUCAUCUGCAGGGUCUUCCAAAUCUGUCCCUGCAACAGGACCACCGGUCUAUGUCGAUCUUGUAUAUGUCCCUAAUCAUGCUAGCAAGGAAAACACAAAUGUUGAAUUCUUCAGACGCAUUCGUGCAAAGUAUUACGUUGUCAGUGCAAAUGAUAAAGGACGUCACCAACCAAACAUGGGUGUUCUUGAUGCUUUGCUUGAAGGUAAACUGCGAUGGGAAGAGCCUGAGCAAGACGUCAUCAUCAUUCCAACUUAUCCUACGACCACUCUGCGAGAAUGGCAAAUUAAGAACCGUAAUGAGCUUCUUGACAACCACAUCAUGGUUUCUCAGCCAGCUAGUGAUAGUGUGGUGCAAAUGAAAGAUGAAAGCUUUAAUAUGUAUAAAGUGGAGUUUUAA